CGAGUCCGACCCUCAUUACACGGGCUCCUUUUCACCCUUUCAUGCCAAGGGCAAUUCAUAAUGACUGAUAGGGUCCGACGCAACGGCCAACUGUCCGCAUGUGAGCCAUGCCGUAAGUCCAAACUUCGAUGCGAUCACGGACGACCAGUGUGUGGGAGGUGUGCGCGUCGCCAGCUGUCCGAGCAGCAAUGCCAUUACCAUCCAGCUCCGAUGUCUAAACAGCUCACGCCCCAAAGCGACCGGGAAACGCCGCAUCAACAGGAGGCUCCUAGGUCGAUCGCAACAGGUUCAAGCCCUUACGAGCUGGUUAAUAUGAACAGGGACUUGAUGUCCUUUGCGGAUCCAAAUACUCCCCACCCGCAUCGCUCGUAUACAUCAUCCCUGACAAGGACUAGUGUAGCCCUACCUCAGCCUUCUCCACCUAAUCAACAAACAAAUUCCCAAGGAGCAAGAUUAUUGAAUGAUAUUUUGGAACUGGUUACCGAAAUUGGUGUACCUCUUGAAAGCUUCUCGAUUCUUGAGACAGACAGACCUAUACAUUGAUGGACCCCUUGUCGAGGUAGCGUGAAACGCAACAAAUAAUAGCAUACGAAGUUUAUUAAAUAAUCGCUCAGUUCUAAAUCUGGAAUCGAUAUCCCGAGAAAUAUUCGAGCGAACCUCUUUACCCCCUGUCUUUCCUCCCACUGCAGCUGCUGGCGCAUUGGAAUCAGCAUUCUCCACACAGGC